AUGCUUCGUCAGAGCGCGGGUACUCUUCAGCUUGUCGGACAAGGCCUUGCCAGUGCCGAACAGGCUCGUGGAUUUGCCACUUUGAAGGACAUUUCCAUCCGUCUGAAGUCGGUCAAGAACAUCCAAAAGAUCACCAAAUCCAUGAAGAUGGUUGCCGCUGCCAAGUACGCCAAGGCUGAGCGUGACUUGAAGGGAGCCAGAGCUUACGGAGUUGGAGCCAAAGCCUUCUUCGAUAACAUCGAUCCAGUCGCUGAUCAAGCAGCACCAACAGAGGAGUCCAAGAAGCAAGUUUUGGUUCUUAUCACCUCCGACAGAGGACUUUGCGGAGCUGUGCACAGUUCCAUCGUUAAGGAGGCCAAGAGAAUCCUUAACGAAGCUGGAGACAAGGAUAUUCGCGUCGUCGCCAUCGGAGACAAGUCUAGAGCUGGUCUUCAACGUGUUUUCGCCAAGCACAUCAUGGUUUCCGGAAACGAAAUCGGACGUGCCCCACCAACCUUUGCGGAUGCUUCCAUCGCUGCCAAGGCUGUCCUCGACUCUGGAUUCGACUUUGAGACUGGAACUAUCAUCUUCAACAGAUUCAAGUCUGUUGUCUCAUACGAGACCUCCAAGCUCCCAAUCCUUCCAUUGGAGGCUAUCAAGGCCAAGGAAGCUCUUACCACCUACGAUUCCGUCGACGACGACGUUCUUCAAUCGUACUCCGAGUAUUCGCUCGCCCAAUUGAUCUACUACGCUAUGAAGGAGUCUGCCACUUCAGAGCAGAGCUCUAGAAUGACUGCUAUGGACGGAGCAUCGAAGAACGCCGGAGAGAUGAUCGACAAGCUGACAUUGGCGUUCAACAGAACUCGUCAAGCAGUUAUUACCCGCGAACUUAUCGAAAUUAUCUCCGGAGCGGCUUGCGUCUAA